GCCAGUCGAGAGCAGAGGGGAAAUGCCUUGGCUACGGCAGUGCUUCGGUGGGGCUUUGUGCCAGGAAAUCGACCCUUCAUCCAGCCCAACGGCGCUGUCCAGAUGGAUCAUCCGACACCGUCCUCUGUGCAGAGUACUCAGUCCGCGCAAUCGGUGUGUGGUGUUGUCCUGGCAAUCUCUGGCCAUCCUUGACGAUCUCUGGUCAUCUCCGACGAACCCUGGUCAUCCCUGGCAAUCCCUGGUGGACCCUGGGCUGGUCAUGGAUUUGCUCUCCGUCGCUGCGCCUCUCGUUUCCUUCUCCUCGUUUGUCCAUCACCAUCGCCAUCGCAGAUCCUCAUCUCCCACCGCCAGCAACAGCAGCAACAAUGACGUCCAUGUGGCUUCCUCUCGAGUCCAACCCCGAUGUCAUGAACGAGUACGUCAGCAAGCUCGGCAUCUCUUCCAGCUGGAUCUAUACCGAUGUUUAUGGAUUCGACCCGGAGCUACUCGGCUUCAUCCCGCGUCCUUGCAGGGCCGUUCUGCUCCUCUUCCCGAUAACCGAGAAGUACGAGCAGUUCAGAAAAGACGAGCAGUCUCGCAUCGAGCAGAGCGGCCAGACCGUCAGCGACCAGGUGUAUUUUGUCCGCCAGACUAUCGGAAAUGCAUGCGGCACCAUUGGACUCAUCCACUCGCUCCUGAACAACCGCGACGCCAUCGAUCUCGGAAACGGCGCAAUCAAGUCCAUUUGGGAUCAGACCCAAGGCAUCAGUCCCGAGCAGAGAGCCAAGACCCUCGAGUCCAGCAAAGAGCUCGCUCGAAUCCACGACGAAAGUUCCCACCAAGGACAAACCCAUGCUCCAUCGGCGGACGAAGAAGUGGACCUGCACUUUAUCUGCUUUGUCGAAAAAGAAAGGCACAUCUACGAGCUCGAUGGACGCAAGCCAUUCCCGAUCAACCACGGUGUCGCCACCGGCGAUCUAUUGAAUGACUCGGUCGAGGUCAUCAAAAAGUUCAUGGAGCGUGAGCCCGACCAGCUGAACUUUACGGCGAUUGCGUUGGUGCGCAACCCGGACGAGGCCUGAGCCACGACAGCCGGCGUGAGCGCCAUGUGUGCACUCCCCAGGCAAUAUAUUUGGCAGAGCCAGCCGCCCGCUCUGACUGACGACGGGCCCAGCUCGACUAUCUGA